AUGGCCAUGAGCCUGCGCCUCUACGUCCGAAUUAAGCUGAUCAAGAGCACUGGUGCUGAUGACUGGGCCAUGCUGGUUGCAGCGUUGUGCGCUUUGGCUGGAUGGAUUCUUUGGGUCUUUGAAGGUGUUUACGGACUAGGCCAUCGUGAUGCAUGGUUUAGUGAAGGGAACGGCAAUGAAAUUAAAAUCUCACAGGGUUCUUUCUGGCAGAUCAUUAUUGACUCGGCUUUGGGAAUAGCCAUGCUUAAGUUUUCAAUUGCCCUAAAUCUCUUGAGAUUGAGUCCUGCUCGAUGGUAUAUCUAUUGCCUCUGGAUUAGCAUGGCAUUCAACAUUUUCACUGAUGUUCUGUUCGCAACCAUCCCCAUUCCAAUUAUCUGGACUCUCAAGAUGCAACGCAGAGUGCGCCUUUACCUGAUUGGUAUACUAAGUCUGGGCUAUGUGUCUGUAUUUCCUGCCUCAGAUGAUACUGCAAGACUUCUCAAUAGAAAGAUCUGA